AUGGAGUUAGUAGAUGCACAGGGGAGAUCAGGAGGUUUGGUAAUGAUUUGGGACCCAAGUGUAAUUAAAAGGACAGAUACAGUGAAAGGGGAGUUCUUCGUCACAAUAACAGGUAGUAUAGAAGGGACUAAGGAAAAACUAAAUGUUUGCAAUGUCUAUGUCCCAAAUGAUGUUCAGAAAAAGAGGAUUAUUUGGAUGGAACUGUCUCGGCUUAAACAGAGGUUAGAAGGUUUAUGGUUAUUGGCUGGUGACUUCAACGAAGUCAUGGUCGGGGAGGACAGAAUGAAUUCUAAGUUCGAUGCAUUUGGGGCAGUGAUAUUUAAUAAGUUUAUUGCGGAUGCGGGGUUACUCGAAUAUCAUAUGUCAGGGUCUAGAUUCACCUUUAUGACUGAAAGUGGGUCAAGUAUGAGCAAGAUUGAGCCAAUCUUAGUAUGUGAUUCGUUCAUGAAUAAGUCGUGUGCUAAGUUGGAAGCCUUACCGAGAUACUUAUCGGAUCACAAUCCUCUGUUGUUAUCGUGUACGAUAAAAGAUUAUGGUCCAGUUCCGUUUAGACUCUAUAACUCAUGGGUAUCGAAAGAAGGAAUGGAUGAAGUAAUUAAAAGUGUCUUAGAGAAUCAUGUUAAUGGGGAAGAUUGGAUGAAGAAUAUGGGAGCGUUAUUGAAAAGAAUAAAAAUCAAGAUAAAAGAGUGGAGGAAAGCGGAGAAAGAAAAGGAAGAGAAAGAGGUAUAUAAAGCGAAAAAGAGAGUAGAAGAGAUAGAACUCAAGGCUGAAAAACAUAUACUAAAAGAAAAAGAAAGGGAAGAAAUAAUCAAGGGGAGAUUUAUUAUCAGGAAGCAUGAAAAACAAAAGAUAGCGGAUUUAAAACAGAAAGCAAAGAUUAACUGGGCGAGAUUGGGGGGUGAGAAUUCAGGGUUUUUCCACAAGAUGAUAAACUGCAGGAAAUCAAGAAACCGGAUUAAUAUAAUUAAGAUAGAUGGGAGGAAUAUAAGUGACCCGAAAGAAGUCAAAGAAGGUAUCAUGAAGGUAUUCAAGGGAGAUAUUUGA